AUGUCGAGCAACCUGAUUAUCCGACCCGCAACACGCCAAGAUGUCCCGAUUAUCCUCGGCAUGAUGCGUGCAACUGCCGCUGAGCAGUGUGCCUCCUCCAGCGUGAAAGCAACCGAGCAGGACCUCCUCGACAACAUCGACUUUGGAGACUCAGACACCUCCAAUCCCUGUGGCCGCUUCACUAAGAUCAUCCUUGCCGUGGCACCAGAGGGUAUCGCCGGCAUGGCAACCUACUUCCUCACGUUUGCAGCCUGGCUUGGCCGAUCAGGAGUAUGCCUGGAAGAUCUCUACGUGGCCCCAGAGUACCGCCGCAGGGGCUACGCGCGGGAUCUCAUCCAGGCCAUCGCAAAGGAGGCCAAUGAGCUGGGGUGCUCUCGGAUGGAGUGGCAGUGCUACAAGGAUAACCACCGAGCUCUGCAGUUCUAUCAGAGCCUCGGGGCAAAGGUCAUGGAUCCGAUAGCCUACCUCCGUCUUGACAAGGAGGACAUGGAGAAGCUGGCAGAGGAAAAGACAGCUUCCUUCCUGAACUAG